AUGGCAGCGCGAGCCGGCGAGGAGAACGUAGCUACACUAUUCGGAGACAUACAUUACUUCUAUGAACCGGAAAAUGCCAGACCGAGGCAUCAUCGUUUUGACAAAGGUUCAUAUGUGUACCUUUUUGAGAAUGCGCACGACAGAAGGUGCCGCAUAGAGAUAGCGAAUCAGCCAGGGACUGAUGAGCAGGAUGCUUUUGACGGGUUUCUCGACCAAACCCAUGUGAGAUACUCUUACAAGCAACACUGUGCUGUGUCUCUUAUUGCGGCCGAUUCUGUGGAUCACAGUGAAUGGCAUCUCCCAACCUACGAUCCGAGGAAUGAUAGAAAGUACCAUUAUAAGUUACACUCACUCGAUAUUUACUUUUGGACCCAAAAUGAUGCCCUACAAUUUGUCAAUGGUGUGAGAAGAGUCUUGCCGUCCGCCCAAGUGGAGAUUUUGGACGAACCCGGCCACCCACAAACUAUAGGAGUGAGUUCAGUGGUCCGGAAGCUUGAGAAAGUAGCUGUUUCAGACCCGCAGUACGGAAAUACUACUUCAUCAUCAUCGACGACUGUGUCUCAAGAACCCACAGUUGAUCCGGCUUCGGCAGCUUCCCUUGAUGUGUUGGCGAGUCCUCCUCCUCCGCCAGCCGGUUUCGCCCCAAUGGCGUACAACCCUGCCGCACCGGCUGCACCAGAGACGAUAAAACAUCGUGAAAAAACACCACCACCUGAUGAAGAUCCAUUAAACCCGUUGGCAGUGGCCGUUGCCCACGAUUAUCAAAAACAACCGUUCACGCCAGGGUUUCCUCCGCAGUCACAAUUUUCACUCGGAAUGGCCAGUCCUGGGCUGCCGCCAAAUAUUAGCAACACUUCUAGUUUGCCACUUCAAUUUGCCGGACCUCCUACUCAGCCAAGUAUACAGAGAGCCGCAACAAUGCCUGCAAAUUCAGGAUCGGCCUUUUCAGGACUCCCAGGGUCUCCGGGCUUUGUACCACCGCCACCUCCUCCCCAACCGGCAACCCAAAUCCCAGGGCACGGCACUUUCGCUCCUCCCGGGGGCUUCUCUAACUAUACAUACAGCCAUCAAAGUACCUUGCGGCAAGAUGGUCAGGAUUAUUCGAUACAUCAGCAACUAUAUCGGCCAACCGAGGUCGAAUUUGGCGUGAACAAGCCACAUCAGUAUCAACCUAAAACAGAAACACGAGGAAGGCUGGAAGAGAAUGCGGGGCGCCUGGAGAGAGGUGUUUCUGGCAUGCUGAAGAAGUUUGAGAAGAAGUUUGGCUAG